AUGAACUACUACGGCAAUGGGUCCUCUUCGACCACACCUCGUGUGUCCUCUUUACUCCUGCUUCGAUCGCUUCUCAACCGUCCUUCCACCACUGCUACUGGUACCAUGGGUCCUCCUCUGCCACGCCAACGACGAUCACUCCUUGGUCUUCACACAUCACGAAACAUUAUGCCCUUUUUGAAAAAACAUCGUCGUGAUCAUGCGGAUGAUUUGACGGUCAUGACGGAAUCAACGGCUGCGACUGUUGCCACUGCUGCUUCCUCAAUAUCUACUGCUGCUGCUGCGACUGUUGUUGAUGAUGAACAGAAUCCAGCGGGCAAGAGACAACGCCGUCAGGCAGCCGCGACGGUCGUCCAAAACUUUGCCUCGUGGAGUGGAGUCGGUAAGAAAUCCAAGGCACAACCAAGACCGGAAGUGCUGGUUCCACCGCGGGGAAUUGGCCCUGUCGCAGAGCCCAACCAGAAUGAUGUUCUCUGCGGACGAGGUGGAAGAAUCAACUCUCACGAAGGAAAUGUCCAAUUCCGCGACAUUGUCAAUGACACCAAGAAGGACUAUCUGGCCAAGUCCACCAAGAAGCUGGAAAAGGCUCACAUUGCUGCGGGGGUGGUGCAGACAAUUCGAAACAUGGAACCAUCGGGUCGAUUCUUGAAGGAAGACUCCGACACCGGGAUGUGGUGGGACAUUGGGGAUGCCAAGGCCAUCAAAAAGGUCGGUCAGGCACUGCGUGAGGAUGCUCCAGACAUUCGAGAAGAACUCGAUGAGGAUGUUGAUGGCAACGAAAAGGGAGACAAUGGUGACAAGAAGACUGACAAGAAACCGGAAGGCAACAAAAAGGCGGCUCCUAAGAGCUCCCCCAAGCUCAAACCUGCCAACAGUGACGGAAGUCCCAAGAAGCAUGUCAUUGUCUUGCCCACUACCCGAUCCAACAAGCGAGGGGAAGACAACAGUGUGGGUGCCAUGCAACCACAAGCCAGAAUGCUACAGCAGCAGCAACAAGCACAACAGCAGCAGCAGUUGCAGUUUCAGCAAGUCAUUCCCUCCUCUGGCAACUCCAUGGCACAAGUCUCCCUGCCAGGCUCCACUGGAACCCCUCAGCAGCAGCAAGUUUUCCCACCAUCAGCGCAAAGUAGCAACUCGUCUGCUACUCUGCGACAUGGUCAGUUCUCGCUGCGAGGGCAAGGUGCUAUGUCCCAGAAGGCCAUGGAAAUGAUGAACGCCCAGCAGAUGCAAAAUGGAAACAUGAUGAUGAACAACGGCGGAGACGUCUUUGGGCGUGGGUUCAACCCACCCUCAGAGAUGACUCUGGGAUCUCACGGAAGCUCCGUUUCGGGAUUGAGUGGCUUUACCAACUCGCAAAUGGGAGGCUCUCUUCUCUCGGGAUUGUCCGAUGGUGUCUCGAGCUUGACAGCGGGUGAUUCGUCGUACCGAAGACAACUCGCCAUGCUCAAUAGUGUUCAAGCACAGCAACUGGCGGCGGCGGGCAUGAACGGUGGAGUGAACAAUGCAGCAGCGUUGGCCGCCAUGAACAACAAUGCGGCACUUGCCAUGAACAUGAACAACGCCAACAAUAACAUGGGCCCUCCGGCCGUUGGCAUGUUCCAAAAUGCUGCUCGCGGCCCUGGCUCUGGAAACGGCGCCAUGGGUUCGGGAAAUGGUUCCGUCUACUCGGGAAGUCGGGGCAGCAACGGUUUCAACAACUACAGCGUCACUUCGAGGAGCGAUCUCUCGGGACAAACCAUGCCACAGGCGGCCGCCAUCUUUGGUCGAACGUCGUCGCACAACGAUCUGAGCAACUUGAUCAGAGAAGAUAUGAGCAUGACGGAGCAUUCUCUUCUUGGAGGUGGAAUUCGAGGCGACGCCAACAACUUCCGUCAACUGAACCAACAAUACCAACAACAGCAGCUCCAACAGCAACUUUUGCUCCAACAGCAGGCUCAGUUGCAGCAACAACAGCAACUCCAACAACUCCCCCAGCAACAACAGCAACAGCUGCAGGCUCAACAGCAACAACAACAGCUCGAACAGCAGCAGUUACAAGAGGCAGAGGACGAGUUGCAACGGCGAGAACAGGCCGAAGCACAGCAUUUGGACGGCAUGGAUGCUUCUAUCAUGAGUGGUUUCUCCUAUGCCAGUUUCAACAAUCGCGACGGCCGCCGCAGUCACAAAGAUGGCAUGGAUUUCUCUGUGUUCUCCGGGGCUUCUUUGGCCAAUUCUCUUGCUGGUACCCGGGCGUCCGCACGAGGAGCUGCGUAUGCUCCAGCAUCGGCACGAUAUGCACGUGGGGAUCAAUCGGUCUCUGCCCGAAGUCACGUCUCAAAUUACAGUAUCAGUGCCAUGUCGCAAUCCAUUGCUUCUAUGUCUCUGCAUUCCGGCGCCUCGGUGGCUUCUUUCUCAGCUCAUUCGGCCAUGUCGGACUUCUCGGACACGCUGUUGGCAUUGGAUCUCGCCGAAACAAGUAGUAAAGCGCUAUAG